AUGGUGUCCACUGGAGGCUGCCAGUGCGGUGCUAUCCGCUACUCUGCUAAUGUCGACCCGCGAACUUGCCCUCGCCUAGGAGACUCUGGCAAGCUUUACCAUCAUAACUUCUGUGGUAACUGCGGCGCCGAGGUCUUUGGCGUUCCAGAGGCUGCUCCGGAGGUUCUCUCGAUCAAAGUCGGAAGCUUGGACUCGCGGUAUAAGAAUAUUGGCCCGAUGGACGCUGAGCCCUUUUGGAAGCGUAAGAUCAAGUGUUCGAAUGAGAAUCCAUGUGCACGUUGCCAUCGAUUCGGCCUGCCAUGUCGAUACUCUCCAACUCGGCCUAUUGGACGGCCAUCAAAACGACGGGGCACCUCGCCAAACCAGUGCAGCUCUGCUGCCGCCUGUCCGAAUGAAGGUCCUCUGUUUGAAAGUCUUGAUAUACCGGAGGAUUUCGACAGCGCCAUGACGCUUGAUACUCUAGGUGCCCCGAUGACUUUCCCGACCCCACCAGAUGAGUUUUCCUGGUCUGAAUGGUCGGCAUUGGACGCUAUGAUGAGUGCUGCAUAUCCUCCCAAUGCCACAUCGCAAAACCAACACGUUCAGGCUCAUGGUGAGAAGUCCCAAGUCGUUGAUGGCGUCAACAACCCUGACUCAAAUACACAAUGUCAAUGCGGAGAUAUGGUCAGGGAACACAUGAACAACAGGACCAGCACACAUGACCUGCCGAGGAUUGUUGCAAGGCAGCGCAAGUCAGCGGAGCUGGCGCAGAAAAUCCUGGAUUGUAACAACUGCGGCGGUAUCAACAACGCACCUAGUCAAAUCGCCGGGAACGUGCUGCUCUUUGGAGCGGUUAUGACGGAGGCGACCUCGUCGUGCCAAUCAUUCAUUAGAGACCUGGAACAACGCGCUUUCGUACCAGAUGACGAGCAGUCCAACACACAGAUAUGCCUCGCACUCAUGGACCCUAACGACCAUCACAUUGAGUACAAGCUAGACCGACAAUAUGUCUGGCCCCUAGCCAAGGUCCUGCUUGGUAUCGAAACCGACAAGCUCAGCCGGAUAUGCAUUGCGUUCAUCACUCGGCAAUGGCGAGUUCAUGAAAGGGGACACGAAGGAUGUCAAGCUGGGGCGACAUGCAGGAAGCUCAAGACUACGCAAACCAGUUGUCCGGCAGACUUCUGUCCGAGGAGCAUUGAGCCCGCGUCAUUCUUUAGCUGCUUCCGUACAGCCAGGCAUCUCCAGUCUCUCAUUUCAACCCUUCAGAAAGAUUUGGAAUGA